CUGGCGAGAAAGGACCCCGCUAUCAGCGCUGAAGAGCGUCAGCGUGAACUGCGGCGGAUGAGGCAGAUCCGCUACAGGCAGAAGAAGUACGACCUUAACAUGAAGCUCGAAGAGGACACGGUGCAGCUGCGAGAAGAGGUCGAGCAGCUCGAGCAGCGCCGACGGACCAUUGCUGCGGCUGUGCCCACCAACCAGAGCAUGUGGGAUGUGGUUCUCAAGUACUUCCAGGUCUUCCGCUAUGGAGUUCAAGAGCGUGCGUCGAUCCAGGAACCGACUUCCGGUCCAGGAGCUUCCUCCAGCCCCCAGCUCGAGUUCGUUCUGGCGACUAUGACCAAGGACGUGGUGUUCAACUCCUGUCGCGGCUCGGAAGCGAUCAUGAAGGCUUGGAAGUGCCAGACGCUGUGGUUCAAGGACUUUGAACUGGAGCUCGAGAGUCUGGUCAAGGUCUCCGGCAGCUCUUUGGUCGCCACCACGACCACAAACUUCACCAUCGUCGACCGAACGCUGCAGAAUGUUUUCCCACACUUGAGCGAGAAGAACGGAUUCCGCAGUGCCGGAUUGGGACCUCGCGUUGCCAAGACGCUGCUGGGCGAGCGUGUUACUGUACGUGGCUCCGUGCGCUUUGAAUGGGACGGCUUUCUGGGCCGAGUUACGAUGAUAACCACGCAAUCCGACCUGCUAACUCCUAUCCUGCGCCUACUGGGCAACUUGGAGGACGUGUCCUACGUCUUCGAGUGGGCUCUCGUGUCUCCGGAGUUCCAGUGG